UGGUUUUGUUUUUAUUCAGGAUGGAUGCAACCUUGAAGGAACUGACAAGUUUAGUAAAAGAGGUUUACCCAGAAGCUAGAAAGAAGGGCACGCACUUCAAUUUUGCGAUUGUUUUCACAGACCUGAAAAGACCGGGCUAUCGAGUCAAGGAAAUUGGCAGCACCAUGUCAGGCAGGAAGGGGACCGACGAUUCCAUGACCCUGCAAUCACAGAAGUUCCAAAUAGGGGAUUAUCUGGACAUCGCAAUCACCCCUCCCAACCGGGCACCCCCUCCCUCUGGGCGCAUGAGGCCAUAUUAAAGCUUCUCUGCUGUUUUGAAUGUAUUUUCCAGUCAGUUAUGUAAAGUAAACCUAACUCUGCCUCCUUUGAUUAUUGCCAUUAAGCCUUUAAACUUUGAACAACUUGUCAUGCUUCUAUUUAGGUUAGAUUUGGCUGUGUUCUGGGAUGACCAUUGAUUCAAAGUCCAUGUUGUUUCAAGCUCUCCUGUAAAAUAUGAAGAAAAGUGCUCUUAGCAUUGUGUAAAACUGCAUUGUGAAAUAAAUGUGUGCAAUUGA